AUGCCUUCUCGGAGCCACCUGGGGAUGACUACCGCGUUCUAUGGAACAAAACGCUUGGUAGAUAGUGUUUGUUGUCAUCAUGCCUUAUUCGAGUAUCCUAACGGCGUGUUUCUUGUCGUUGCAGUUCAUGACCCGAAUACGAUCGCAUACCCGGAGAAGUUCUUCGAGAGUGCUCAGGCGAUCGCAGCUCACAGUCAUCUUCGUUGGCCUGAUCUUAGUCGAGAGUGGAUAAAACGUCAAGAAGCUCGGAUUGCUAGAGUUGAUUGGGAGUCGAGGCUUCCUGUUGUACUCGGGCCCCGUAAGUCGCGUCUGUCCCUUUUUACUCGGAAACAGCAUAAACUUUUGGACGAAGCAAGGAAGAUGGACGGAGUGCCGGAUUUGAGUGCACUGUUGAAGGGGAAGCUGCAAUUGCUUUCGAAGAAGUCAAUUCCUGCCGACGCGCAAGGGUCGACUAGCUCUGACGCAGGCCGAACUUUCAAGGAAGGAGCUCCUGUUUUAGUCGACAAAGACGUUGGGGCAGAGCCUCCUGCCUUGAGUCCUAAAAAGAAGAAGAAGAGCAAAAAACCCAAGAGGAAAGCAACCGAAGAGCUUCCUCUUGAAGAGAUCGCUUCUCUCGACGAAACCUCCGAGGGGGCUGUUUCCUCCGUUGAUCGCGGCGAGGCGCCGGCAGUAGGACGAGAAGGCGCUACAAGGGGUUCCGUCGAGUCUGACCGUUCUGGAGCGGCGCCUGAAGAUCUUCCCAGAAAGAAGAAGAAGAAGAAGUCCGUCGAGGCAGAGCCGCGUCCUUCUGAUGCGGAGACGGGCCUCGUCGAAGUUAUCGCGGGAGGCGACGUUUCUCUUGAAACCCCUCCUGAAGAGAGAGAGGUUUCAGCGCGGGGCAGUGAUCCUGUUACGGGUGAGAGAUCUAUUCCUGAUCCGUCUGCGAGAAAAGGAGCUCGUUCAGAGGGUUCUACUGCGAGGAGGAAGAGGAUCGAGUUCCCCGAUCGCGUCGAGUUUUCCUACAACGAGACGACCCCACUAAUCUUUAAUCCUCUUAGGUGCGCGGAGCUGACGCGCCAAAUUCGUGGUGGGAUGAAGGUGAUGCCACAGUUGGACGACCUUUACUUUAAGAACGAAUACAUAGACGCUGCUUCCUCGAGAGCUCGGAGUGACAGGAGUAUGAACUUUCUCGUUGAGAAAUACGAUAGUGCUUUGAAACAGACGAUGAUCCAAUUGGGAUCUUCGGAAAAGCUUGCCCAGACAAGGUUGAAGGUCAUCGAGAGAGUAAGGGCGGAGCAUAAGAAGGCCAACGAGAAGGCCGCAGAGGAGAAAGAGAUUCUUCGAGUAAAGUUUGAAGAACUGGAGGGCAAGUUUAAGUCUUCCAGCGCGGCGAGGAAGGAGCUCGUCCGAGAGAAAAGCCAUUUGGAGCAAAAGGCUGCGAACCUUGAGAAGGAGAAGACCGAGCUAGUCGAAGAGAGAGAUGCCGCGGUAGACAAACUAAUCAGAGAGAGGCAACGCUUGAGGGACUCCCGUGGUUUGGAGGUUACUCGUGAGAGGGAAAGAGUCGAGGCUGCUAUGGUUGAGAAGGCGAAGAACCUGUACGGUCAAGCUUCGGGAACGAAGAAGUGCCUUGAGGUUAUAAAGGCGAGUGGGACGGAGAUCCCCCAAGAAAUGAUCGAUGUCUUCUCUGAGCAGGAGAAACUUUACGAGGCGAAAGUUAUGAAACUCCGAGUAGAACCGCUGUCCGAUAGUGACCUUACACUUUCUCCGCUGAACGUAAAUUUGAUCGGGCUAGAGACGGCUUCUCGGCUCGUCACCUCGCUCGAAGUUGUUGAGGAUCCAUCAGAGGAGCCACUGGUUGAUGUCACGUCUAUCCCUACCGAGCCUGUCAAGUCCCCGGUGGGAAGCGGGUUUGACGAGCGCCCAGAGAAUGAGAAUCUGAAGGGGUUUCCUGGAAAGGACGGCCUCGAGAUAGGCGACACUCUGGUUCGAGGUGGAGAGACCGAGAACGUGGGCGUCGAGGAUCCUGUGCUUGUCUCGGAUUCUUCCUCCGAAGGAUGA